AUGGUGCAGGGGCUCCUCCUGGCGGCGGCGGUGCCGGCGCUGGCGCUGGCGCUGCCGGCGGCGGUCUUCCACCUGGUCCCCCCCCGGCCGGCUAGUGUCCCCAUCAAGGGCCGCCACGUUUUCGUCACUGGCGGCUCCUACGGCAUCGGCCUCGCCAUCGCCAAGCGCGCCGCCGCGGAGGGCGCCGCCAAGGUCUCCCUCCUCGCCCGCGGCCUCGACAAGCUCGAGGCGGCGCGCGAGGAGAUCCUCCGGGAUACGAGUUGCAGGGAGGUGGCCAUCUUCAGCGUCGACGUGAGGGAGGAGGGCGCCGUGAAGAGGGCGGUGGAGGCGGCGGGGCCCAUCGACGUGCUGAUCUGCAACCAUGGGGUCUUCUUUCCCAUCGAGCUGGAGAACCAGGACACCGAGGAGAUCAAGUUAACCCUCGACGUGAACCUCAUGGGUAACUUCCACCUCAUCAAGGCGGCGCUCCCCACCAUGAAGGCCGGCGCCUCCGCCUCCGCCCCCCGCUCCAUCGCCAUCAUCUCCUCCCAAGCCGGCCAGGUGAGCGAGCACCCACUUCCUUCCUCCUUCCUCCUCGUUCUUUCUCUUUAUUCCUCUCCGGAGGAGGGUCUGACGGCGGUGAGGACGUCGCAGGUGGGCAUCUACGGCUACGCUGCCUACUCGGCGAGCAAGUUCGCGCUCCGGGGCCUCGCGGAGUCUCUGCAGCAGGAGCUCAUCGGCCACAACGUCCACGUCUCCCUCGUCUUCCCUCCCGACACCGAGACCCCCGGCUUCGCCGAAGGUACCGUACCCCGCCACCUUCUCCCCCCACCUCUUCUCCUUCUAGUUCCUGGGUUGAUCUGGUUCACCGGGUUCAGGUUAUGAUAACCGCGCACGAAUGAAUGGGUGGAUGGUGUUCUUUGUGGUGGCAGAGGUGAAGAGGCGGCCGGAGGCCACGGCGGCGAUAGCAAGCUCCUCCGGGGCGAUGACGGCGGCGGCGGUGGCGGAGAAGGUCCUACGGGGGAUAAAGGCGGCAGCUUUCACCGUCACCUGCAACUUCGAAGGUGUCAUGCUGAGCCUGGCGACGGCGGGGAUGUCCUCUCAGAGGUCCUGGGCCAUGGCCCUCGCCGAGAUCUUGGGCUCCGGCUUCAUGAGGUUCCUGGGCAUCUACUACCAGUACAGCUGGUACAGGACCAUCGCCAGAUGCCAGGGCAAGCAGAAGAGUGAGUGAUCGAGAUUUCUGAACCACCCACCCUCUCACACAAUUCUCUCCAAAUAUUCAACGACUGUGAUCGCUUAUUUUUUGAUGAAUCCAUAAACUUCGAUUUCCUUCAUUAUUAUUUCAUAAAUAUGCUUUUAUGACUGACAGGCUAUUUAUUCAUCGAGUCAAUGUUGAUGGGCUGUCCAUCUCUCUCUCUCUCUCUCUGUCAGAAAAAAAAAGAUAAAAAAAGAGGGCCUAUUUAUAAGGGUCUUUCAUACGUCAUUUUUAAUUAA